AUAACCUUCUUUGUGUAUUAGUUGUAACAUCGUAGCUGAGUUAGUUGCGUGAAGUUUGUGCACUGGUGCUUGAAAGUUCUUAAAAGGAAGUGAAAUUGUGGUCGUGGACUGUCUAGUGGCUAACAAAAUUGAAACCUAGUCAAUGCUUGUAUAAGUUGAAUUAGAAUAUGGAGACGUCAACUUCUAGCAGCGAUUCUGGGAAAUCUUUAAGUUUUAGUGAGAAAAAUGCAGAGCGAUUGAGAAAACUGAAAGAACUACAUUUGAAGAGGAAUGAAGCAAGGCAGUUAAACCACAAGGAGGUUGUAGAAGAAGAUAAGCGAAACUCUCUACCCUCCAACUGGGAAGCAAGGAAGCGAAAAGCGGAAUGGAUUCUCAAUGACGAGGCUCAGCGCAAAGCAGCUUCUGAUAAGGGAGAAGAUUAUGAUAGGGUGAAACUGCUCAACAUAAAUGCAACAGAGGCUGAACAUUUGGACAGGAAAAGGAAGAAGAAAAAUCCUGACACAGGUUUUGCGGAUUAUGAACAAGCCACCAUCAGACAGUAUAAUCGGCUGACAAAGAAUUUGAAAGUGGACAUGACAGCGUACGAGCACCAGAGGGAAAAGCUUGGGGAGGCUUUCUAUGGGGGACCGAAUACUAUACUCCAUGGGCUGCACAAGGACUCUAAAGAAGGCAUUGAAAGAAUGGUGGAAGAUCUUGAAAAACAGGUUGCCAAGAGAGAGAAGUACAGCCGAAGAAGGAUGCACAAUGAUGAUGCUGAUAUUGACUACAUCAAUGAAAGGAACAUGAAGUUCAACGAGAAACUUGAGAGAUUUUAUGGUCAGCAUACAACUGAAAUCAAGCAAAAUCUUGAAAGAGGAACAGCUGUAUAAACUUAGAACCAGUGAUGUAUUUGGGAACAUUCAAUGUGUUGUUUGUUUAUAAAUAAGUGUAACAUAUAUUUUUAAUUUUGAAUAUUUAUAAAUUAUAUUAAUGUAUAUUAAUAAAUAAUACAUUUGUAAAUGUUA